CCCACUGAAGUAACUAAGUUUUUGAGAAAGAGGUAAUUUCUCACUGAUGUCUGCCCCGCCCCCCAUUUGAAAUCUAGAUGCUUUAGAUUGAAGUGUACCCGACUAAAAUGUUCCGUUUUAAUAGGACAGAGUUUCAGUAAUUUUAAACAGUGCUCAGGCUCAGACCAACCAGUUUAAUGCCUGGUAAAUUCUGGACAAAGCCGGUGGUCAGUUUUCUUUGUGCGAAAUGUAUUUGAUCGCGGGUCCCAAUCUGUUUGUAAGAUGUUUGUGUUUCUUGUGGGAGUGGUAACCUUCAGGUGUAGCAUCGUGCACACCUAACAAGGAAGUGGAAAGCUUAAUGUCUACUGCUUUAGAAUGUCAAUUAUAUAAUCACUUCUUACAUUAGGACAAAAGACCAAACUACAUGUAUGCGGAAAUGAUGUUUAAAACAAGUUGGAGUUUCUGCACGCAGUCUAUAAGUUCUUACUUUCACUGUGGUCACUCACUGUCAAACAGUGAGCAGACGACUAAACAUUCGCGUUGCGUGAACUCAACAAAGUUUUAACAAUGUCUUCUGGCGCUCUUUUUGCUGCUCUCUGGAUUUUGGCCUUCUGCGGCCUAAGAGAUGCCUUCCCAAGCGGGGCAUCUCCCAAAGCUUGUGUGCAGAUGGUCCCAGGACACGUUUCUGGGGAAGGAAAUCCAAUCAUUCCACAAGAAUCUGCAAGCCCGUAUAGUAUCGUAGCAGACGGGUCCGAGUACAACCCAGGCGGAAUGGUGCGAGUGACUAUCACCGCUGAUCCCACGACCGCCACAUUCCAGGGUUUUCUUCUGCAAGCCCGUGCCAUCGGACGAACCGAUCCAGUGGGUACCUUCCUAGCCGGUUCGGACGGGGCAAGCAAACUCAUCACUUGCAACGCUACCGGUGAUGCCGUCACACACACGGCAGCUACUGAGAAGCAAAGCGGGAUGUCAUUCAUGUGGCAAGCUCCAACCGCAGGUGUUGGCGACAUCAAAUUCUUAUUGACAGUUGCUCAAGAUCAUGACGUCUUUUGGGUGAGAAUGGAGUCCAAUACACUGACUGCAUCAGCUCCUGUUACUGCGCUGAGUAUUCCUUUGUUGGUUAUACUUCUAGUCGUAACCAUGGCAACAGCCCAAGAUUAAGAAUAACCGUACAGUUCAAUAAGUCUUAAUAUUUCAGAGGUGGUUCAAUACCAUAUAAGGAACAUUCUUUUGUAGCAGUAAGAAAUUUAAAGCAACAUGUUUUUUCCCAUUUUAAUUAAAGUUAACCUUGAAAACUUGAUUAAUUAUCGCUAAUCAACGCCCCUUGAGAAUGUUUUUAGAAGACUGUCGAUUUGAGGGCAUGUACAUUUUCUGUUUUAUCAUCAUGUUCGUGAGAAUGCUGAGUGUGCAUUAGCAACCAAAUGUAGACUAAGCUUGGUCAUAAACGAAUUCUUGUUGAAACAUACCUUUUAUGUCUGUAAGAAUUAUGGCACCUUUAUUUGUGAAAGUUUCUGUCAAG